AUAGACAUGAAUACAAUUCACAUCACCCUUUUUUCCUGUGUGCAAAGUCAAGUCCAGAAUGACAGAAGAAGUUAAGCUACUUGGCACCUGGGCAAGUCCAUUCAGUCACAGAAUAGAACUGGCUCUUAAGUUAAAAGGGAUACAGUAUGAAUACAUUGAAGAAGACCUCUCUAACAAGAGUACUUUGCUUCUCAGUACCAACCCAGUUCAUAAAAAAAUUCCUGUGCUGAUACAUAAUGGAAAACCAAUUGCAGAAUCACUUGUCAUUCUUGAAUACAUUGAAGAAACCUGGCCAAACAAUCCCAUCUUGCCUAAAGAUCCUUAUAAUCGCGCCUUGGCUCGUUUUUGGGCUAAAUUCGUAGAAGAAAAGAUCUUGCAAACUGCAAGCAAAUUCAGAGUAGCAAAAGAGGAGGAGAAAAAGCAGAUCUAUGAAGAACUUGAUCAGCAACUAAAGGUUCUUGAGAAUGAGUUAAGGGAAAGGGAAUUUUCCGGAGGUGAAAGCAUUGGAUUUGUGGAUAUCGUAGCAUUUUUCAUACUCUACUGGUUCCAAGUCCGUCAAGAAGUGUUGCAGCUAUCGCUUAUCAGUAAAGAGAAAUUCCCAGUUCUAUGCAAAUAUGUGGAUAAGCUUCUUGAAAUUGAUAUGGUGAAGGAAUGCUUGCCACCGAAAGAGAAACAUUUAGCUUAUGUUAGAGCUCAUUUUGAGGCUGCCAAAUCUUCCUCCAAAUAAAAGGGUAUCAUAAUUUAUCAUUUCAUGGCUCUACAACAAUAAAUGCUAUGUGAUCUUUCAUCUGUUUCAUUUUCGUAUAGUUCAGUUUGGCCCUGUGUAUUGCGCUGUGUGCUACUGGCUGAUGUUAUAAUAUAAUAUAAACAUCAUGAAAAUCUUGAGAAUAUUUCACCAUCAA